UGCAAAUGGCGGUUGUUAUUGUGAUCGCAAAUUAUCGUGGAAAAAAUAUUUUGUAGAAUCUUUGUGAAGGCACAAUAUUUGAUGCUAUAAUUAAUAUUAAUAAAAAAAUGAAGGUGUGUUCUAGCGCGUGUAUAAAUACAGUAAGAUUAAAAAGUUGUUUAAACCUUCGGUUCCGAAAUAUUCGUACAUUCGUCGUUUAGUAACUCGCUGCUGCGUAUGUGUCCAAAUAGUACCAAGUUAUGUUGUGAGGACACGAAUUUUCACGCAUAAUCUGUACGAUAUUUAUAAGUACUGUGUAUAAGUGUGCGGUGUGAUUUAUAAUUUAGACAAAAAUGGAAAAUAAAUAAUAGACACUCAAUAGAAAUUUUAAAAUGUAUAAAUGGUAACAAUAAAACGAAUAACGAAUCAGGUGAAAAGAAGUAAUAUAACUUGAAACUAAAUCCCAUGAAAGGCGGCGCCUUUGAUAAGUGGUGGUGUGGCAAUUCCUUGAUAUGAAUCGGUUGGCAGAAAACAUCGUGGAAAAGGUCAAAACAGAAAACUGCUAAAAGUAAUAUUCAUGCUAAAAAUUUUGUUUGCAAUUGACCUAUGUUUGGAAUAAAUAUAUUUUUGAAUAUAUUUCUGUAUUUGUAUUAGUAAAUACAUAUUUGCGGGUUGUUAAAACAUUAGUUGAUAUUUAUGUGCUACUCCGAUUUUGUAAAUCGGGCCUUUUUAUGGAAUUUGUGAAAAGUGAAAAUCCAUUUUAUGGCUUAGUGGUUUGAGUGAUGUAUAUAAAAACCUUUUAUAAAAAUAUAGAUAGAUCAUUUAAAGAAAAUUCGAAUGAAAAAGCAUAUUUGUAAAGUGUAAACAUGAAUCAAGAAGGGUGGAAACAUUAUGCUGUAUCGAUUUGUAUCAAUUGUUUUCAACGUUUUUUAAAAGUGGUUACAUCUAUGAGAGCUAAGUGAUUGUAAUAAAAGUUGAACUUUAUAAACUUUAUAUAUGUAUUGCAAUCCUACCCCUAAAAUUAAAACUCUACAACAAAGUGUGAUUGUCGUGUGAUGAUAUGCAACUUAAACAGCAGAUUGAUUCGUGCGUGCGGAUAACAGUGCAAAUCCCUAAGGAUGCGGCUCAACGGCUACGCCAGCUGGCGGCGGAGGGCAAUCCAGCCCUGCGAGCCCUCGGCAUUAUGUCUGUGCAGUUGGAUGGCGAUUCUGUGAUAUCGAUAAAAUUACCCGGCCAAGAGAUUAAUUUGAAAACCUCAGAUAAUGCUGUGGAGAAUCCAUCAAGCACAGCGAGUGGGUUGGGUGAGUUUGCUCAGCUGUUGCAAAAUGGGGGAAAUGCGAUUGAAUGUAUCAGCGACCCUUCGGGUAGGGGGUCAAUUUUACAAUCACAAAUGCAAUAUGGUGUUCCUACCCAAAAUAUCAGCCAAGCCAUAAAUGAUGGAAUAUCACCCCAACCGCAAUUAAUUCAACAGCAGGUCGUACAGGAGAGGCGAAAUUUGUUGUUAGGCGGUCCGAGUACAAGCAGUGCUGCUCAGGCCGUUCUGCAAAAGCAACAAUUACAACAACAGCAAUUGCAACAUCAUAGCUCUCAACGACAACCGCUGUUUAAGCCUCCAAAUACUGUGUGCCCCAUGGAUGGAAAAGUUCCAGUUCCACCAAUAUCUUCAAACUUAAAUGGCGGUUUGAGUAAUCGAGACUAUCCAUUUGUGAGUAUGAGACAAGCUCGCGUUUUACAGGGUCGGGAAAAUGCAUUAAACAGUGGACUAGUAAACGUCAAUCAAUCCUAUUCGCCAAGUAGCUCACAGUCCCUGCCAUCACCGCAACAUGAACUUGGAAGUGGUUUAGGACCGUCACCUAAUGUUCCGCUAAAAUUUAUAAAGAAUUCUCCAAAUAUAGAGCUCACUAAAACGUCAGUGCUAGCUGGAAAUAAAUCUCAAUUUUUGCAACCUCCUCCUCCACCAUAUCCGGGCAUGAGUAACAUAACUUCAAAUAUCGUGCACAAGCCCACAUCUCAAUUAAAUAAACCAGUGCAAAAUUACUUACAAAAAAGGGUUGGCGGGCCAGCGGGACUUCAAGCGACAAAUGUUACAUCGCCUAAUAACAAUAAUAUUGCCAUUUCAUCACCUUUACUUGUGAAUUUAUUACAAAAUGACGGCAAUCCAGUUGCAAGUCAAGUAAAAUUGUCUCCACAAAUGUCUGUAAUGCAAACCCAACAAAAAACACAACAGCAGCAGCCACAACAAACUUUGCCGUUAUCAUCUGUAAAUCAACAUCCCCAAAUGAUGGGCUCACCAAUGCGUACGCAGACAGUGGCUACUAGCGUUAUGCUAGAAAAUAAACAAAAUCACCAACAACAACAGGACCCACUGUUACAUUCAGCAACGGAAAACAAUUUGAUUACUGCAUCUUCUACAAUGGGCAUGCCCUUAUCUCCCAGUGUUAAUUCGAGUAUACUUAAUUUGCACCAGCAACAGCAGCAACAGCCACAGCAGCAGCAGCCGCAGCAAAUUAUCACAAGCCCUGGAAGCAGUUUAUUUGGACACCAACACUUUCAGCCGCCGCAGCAGCAUAUGGCAUCUCAACAAAAUAAUUUUCUACGUCAGCAAAGCCAGCAGCAAGCAGGAGUUGUUACGGUGCCAGGUGUACCAACUCAUCGUUUCAUACAACAACAACAACAACAACAACAACAACCUUUCCAGCAAACUCAAAUGAUACCAACGCAUCAGCAUCAAGGGCCUCAGCAGCCCAGUGUUAGCGGAAUAAUGUUAAGUAACGUUCAUCCGCAGCAGCAGCAACAACAACAACAACAACAACAACCAGAUGUCCGACAAGCUCGGCCUGGAAGUGCUAUGCCAGGACAUGUGUUAGUGCAGCAACAUCAGCAACAAGCCCAUCAAUUCCUUUCGUCAGGCGGCAUAUCUCCAGCUGCAUCGCAUUCACCCGCCUCCAGCCACCAUUCAAUGCAUAGUCCGUUAAUGGGACCUCAUCAACAACAACAACUGCUGUCACCUUCUACGACACCGAUUCAGUCACCACACUCCCAUCCGCCACUUGCGUCUAAUAUUCUUGGGCAACAACAACAACAACAGCAUGUGCAAUUGCAUCAGCAACAACAUCAAAUACAACAGCAGAAGAAGACAACAUUGCUUGCACCUACGGCAGCAUCACCAUCAUCACACAGUGUUACUUUUCAUCACAACACACAAGUACCUUUAUCAUCAAUAGGAGCAGGACCUUCUAAUACUGUUAGUGGUAGUUCUAUAUCAAACGCAUUGCCACCGCCACCCGACUAUAAUCAAGCAGCAAACACGACAUCAACAACUCACUGGCCAACGCUUAACAAACAGCUGGAUUCAGAAACAAAAAUUAGUUUUCAGGAGUUUGAUCGUUACCAAAUGCAGUAUAACUUGCAGCAGCAACGGAUCAACAAAAAUCAUCAAACACAGACACAGAAGCAAGAUCCUCGCAAGCAGCAAUUGAAUGAUAAUGUAACCGCCUCGGAGACGGAAACAAUUCCAGGCAUUGUAGGCGUUUCUUCUUUAGAUAAUACCGCAAGCGGACUACCAGAUCCUUUGAUAUCGUUGUCAGACUUUGAAGCUUUAACCACAAAUGAUCUGGAUGCUUUAUUACCAACACUAAACUGUUUGGAAUCCACUCUAAGUUUAGAUGAUAAAAAUGAAUUGGAGUCACUUUUGCAAGAUGCAAAAGAUCUUGAUUUGGAUCUAAUUGAAGAGAAUCUUUCUGCUGUAGGAGUGGAUAUCGAUGAGACAGCAGCUGCAGCUUCAUCACUUUUAGAUGCGGAUGUAACACAAGUGCCGCCUAAUGUCACGCUUAGUCUUAAUACCAUGCAAUUUGAGCAAAAUGUGCAGCAACAACAAUCAUCACUCUCAGAAAGCAAUAACAUAAUGGCAAUGCGACAAAAUCAAUUACAACCGCAGCUAAAUAUGAUUCAAAUGCAAGAUCAGAUGAUGCAUAAUCGUUAUAAAUCCGAAGAUAAUUCAAUUCUCUUAAGCAAUCAAUCCCAUCAGAAGGUACAUGUAAAUCAAAACCUUUUAUCCCAUUCAUCGCAAAUACCCCUGCAAUCUAAUCAGCAAUUACAACAACAGGGUAUUAUUCAUCAAAAGCAAAAGGGCGGCUUAGUGGAUGGUAAUUGCUUUUCUUCAAAGCCGACAAGUGGAGCAGUUUCUUCAUCUAAAUCUAGAAAGAAGCAAUUCUUAAUCAAUCCACUAACAGGGGAAAUGGAACCAAUGCAAAGCGAUGAUAGCGAGACAGAGGCCGAACAGGAGACGAAACAAUUGUUAUCAAACUUGAAGAAAUCCAAUGUAGUCUCGUCAUUGAUUGAGAGUUUCAAUUGCAAUCGACCAAGCGAUAACUUACCCAAUUCUCUCUUAGAAGAUGAUUCGAAUUCCUCUGGUACCGCUGUUUCUAAAGUUUCUGCAAAUGAGGCAAAUAAUUUAAUUGUAUCUGGAACUGGAAGUGAUAUAGCACCAUCACCAGAUUCCUUAAAAUCGAACAAAUCGAACCGUAGUGUUAAACAUACAAAACGAGAUGGUGGCCAAGUGCCUAAUAAAUCUUUAAUACUUAAUAAUACAGGUGAAUAUGGUGUAAAUAAAACGCCUAGUCCAAGCUUAACGGCUAUUUCUAAAACUACGGCGUUAACAACUUCCAACGUUGUGCACAGGAAAUCAAAAUCAAAUAUAAAUCGUGAAAAACAUCAAAAUAAUGUGAGAGAGAAAAAACAAGAUGUAAAUGCAAGCUCUGAAGCCACUAAGCCGAAGAGAACGAAGGCAAACGCUAGAUCGAAGGCGGUAAGCAACGCAUUAACAGCUAAGGCCGUCUCUAAUGCAAUGGUGUCUGAAUCCACAUCAACGACGUUAAGUAAUGUGGUAUCGAAAGUACACGCAGCCGAUAUGGGCAAUACUAAUGAAAAAAUAAAAUUGCGGUUAAAGUUGGAAAAAAAGGAACCCGUUUCACCUGCUUAUAAAGUAGACGUUUCAUUUUCCACUCCACCAAAAUCAGAAACUCCAGAAAAUAGCUCUUUAAGUAUAACACAACAAAGCAAUAAUAAUAUAAGUAUUCAACCUAACGUAACUGUAAGCCAAAAUUCAACUAUCUCUACAAAUUUACGCCAACACCAACAACAAAAUCAUUUAGAAACUGGCCGAUUAAUACAGAAUCAACCUACGGGUUUUAGUAAUUUCACACCUCCACAGUCACAGUCGUCUGUCAGUGUUGAGCCCUCCGGUUCAAGUGAUGAACCACGAGUACCUCCAUUACACAUCAGCCUAAGAGGUGGCAAAAACUCAAUUGUGAUUAAAAGCAGCCGUAAAGAUCGUAAGAAGCCACAGGGUAUGACAAGUAUGUCCACUGUGGUAUCUAGUGGUGAUGCUGAUGAUGAUCAAAAGCAAAAAACUAAUAAGCAAUUAAGACCGCAAACAUUACAGCUGUUAGAUGUUGGUACAGCGGUUAUGAAUUCAGAAAAGGUACUACCAUUUUACAGUUGUGUUUCCACAGCUCUAACUCCGUCAGUUUUUAAUAACACCGUAAGCUGUAACAACGCUUUGACCGUAAUGUCAUCAUCGCGUCUGCAGACUAUAUCAAGUGGCGAGCCGACAUCGACAACAGUCUCUAUGACAAUGUCAUCGGCAACACCUUCAUUCUUGUGUAACAAAAAUGGUCUGACAAUAAGUGCAAUUAAAUCUCUUGAUACAAAAAGCGGUACAAGUUUGAAUGACAAUAGAAAUUUAAUCAUCGGAUCGACAAAUGUUGGUACACUACCAUUUCCACCACAAUUGAUGCAGCAAUCUCAAUAUCAGAAACAACAAACAACUAAUGAACCGACAAGCUUACCCAGUAGCAUUACACUUAAUUCAAUAUCGAACUCCAACGUCGUGGUCAGUUCUAGUGAUAAAUCAGCAAGUGUAGUUAAUCGUGUCAUUAGCUCAUUAAGUUCAAAGUCAGCGGCGACAAUUACACCUGUUGGUAUCGGCGGAGGAAAGCCGCUGACGAAGAACCACAAUCCUCCAUCUUACUUAACAGCAGUACAACAGCUUCAACAGCAAAAGCAUCAACAGAAGCAAUUGGAAAAGCAAGCACAAUUCAGUGUCCUUAGUGGAAGUCAAUCUGCUCAGCAGACAAUUGUUGCGGUGGCUACCAUGUUGCCGAGUGCAACGACACUUAAGCGAGUAACAGUACCAAAAUCAUUAACAGAGCAAGGUGAUACAACUAACAAAACUGAAAGGCUUACUGUAACAGAAGAGUCUAAUGUUUAUAGAGAAGCUCCAGCUCAUUCUUCGAUUCCGUCAUCUCCACAAAUUGUGGGUAUUAAAAAGCAAGCUAAUGAAAAUAUACGAAACGAACCUGUUUCGACUAUUCAAACUGUCGUAAGCAAUGGAGGCCCAAAUAUCGGUAUUGUUGUGUCGAAUAGCCAAAAUAAUGUUGCUAGCACAUCCUUACCUACUCUAUCUAAUGCAAUCCUACGUAACUCUCCUGCAAGUAACGGUAGUGGUACACUAGGCCACGGUAAUGGAAAUGGAACUGGAGAGGAUAGUGGUAUCGAGUCAAUGGAUGCUUUAUCCGAAAAAAGUCCUCACCAACAAACCUCUAGCAGUCCGAUUCAACAACAAAUAAAUAAUGGUGGUAAUGGUGGUGGGACUAGUAACGUUGAAAAGCCCAUUGUUGCUGCGGCAUCUGCAGCUACGAAAAAAUCCUUAGGAAAUCAAACAAAUAAUGAAACUAUAAUUAUAAAGGAUAUGACAACUAAAAUAAUAACACAAAGCAAAGACGAUAAAGCGGCAUUACAUCUGAAACCCGAAGAAAAAUGUAAUUUCAUUGAUUUUGCGGAAGAUGAAAUUGAAAAGGCCUUGGCUAAAAUGGAAGGUUUCAAUGAGGAUUUAUUGCAAGUGGAUACAUCCUCAAAUGUUAAUUCAGUUUCACAAGCAGCUACUACAAAUUCUGCAGGGGCUUCACCUAAAAUAAAGGAAACUUUAAAUAAGGAACAGCUAGAACGGAUAAGCAGCGUAAAAAUUGCAACAGAUACUGUUAAACAAUUAUCAGAAAAGGUAGAGAUUGAGGACAAGAAAAACAUUCAACUUUCUUCGGUUGGAAAUAGGUCAACACCAGAGAUAAAAGAAGAUAAAUUCUAUGCCAAGAAUAAUGACGGCAUAGAAAAUGACACAGAGAGUGCGGUUGACGCGAAAAAUCAAAGCGUUACUUUAGAUUCGUCUGAUGGAAAGAUUAAAGAAAAUAUAGGUGUGGACAAUGUAAAGAAGGCUGAGCAUGAAACUCAAAAUCAUCGGUACGAGUCGAAUUCCGUUUUUCCUCCAAUUUCCAUAGAAAUACCAAUGCAAAGUGAAUUAGAAUCUAAUCGUAUUCGCACGCGUGCCAGUAGUCGUUUGGGAAGCCCCAUGGAUGCAAAUAAAAUGAGUCCGACAGUGUUAAUAACAACGAAUGAAUCCAAUGCAAAUUCCUUCGUAAUCGCCAGCAAUAAGCACAUCAAUAAAAUUGGAGUUUCUUCGCAAGACAAUGCCAAUUCACAAUUAACCAUAUCAAUAAUUGAUAAUGGUAUUGAGUCUGGUAUAGGUAAUAAACGAAAACGACAAGAAUCUGCUGCAAGUACCAACAGCUCUAAUAACGAAUGUUCGGACGAAAAACGACUUCGAGCAAACAGUAUAAGUAUUGCUACUGGUGGCCUUGUAGCAAAUGAAAUGGAUGAAAAUAUGACUCAAUCGUCUUCGUCAAAUGAAAUGCAAGAUGUUUCCAAAGUUUGUGAUAUAAGAAAAUGUGAAGAAUCUUCUGAUUCUGAUGAACCAUUGAUAGAGGUAGCCGAAAAAGUAAGAAAUUCUAAAGUUGGCAACACUACUACAGCUGUAAACAGUAAUGAAUCCGCUAUUCAAGCUACUCUAGCAAAUCUAACAACGACGGGAAAGUCCGAACUCAGCAAUACAUCAGGUUCAGAUAAGUCUACUCGAAAUAAUCGGACAUUACAUAUAAAUAAAACAUCUAAUGUUACCAGCGCGAUAGGAAAUGUGUCCACAUUAAGCCCACCACCAAGUCAGGGGAAAUCUACUGGAGCUACUUCUGCUGCAGCAUUUACCAGUUUAACUGGAACUUUAAAAACUGCUGGCAAUGCGACUAGCAGUGCAACCUCAAUGGAGUCAAAUUCAAGUGAUAUUGGUAGUACCAGCUUUUCUCCAACUUCGUCCGCAUAUUCUACUCGGGGCAAUACAACAUCUACUGCUCCUAGUUAUUCUGGUGCGGGUAGCUUGAACAACAACAAUAACAUUAGUGAUGAAAAAAUCGGAACACGCCGUAGCGUACGUACGAACGCUGGCGUCCACAAAAAUGUUUAUGGGCGUACGAUCAGUUCCACUGCUACAUCAACUAUUGUACAAAAUACAGACCCAUCAAAAGCAUCCAUCCCAGCAAAAGUGGUCGGUAUUCACGGGAAUGACCAUAUUGGAGUCGUUGAGGCUCGCCGCAAAACAAGAAGUGCAGUUAUUGGGGAAGCACAGUUAACUGAAGGACGAAGAAGAAGAAGCUCUCGUGACAACAAGUGACCAUUGUCUUGCGCCUCGGCUACAAAUUUGAAUGCAUGUGAUGAAG